UCUAUAGCCCACAUCUUUGUGUCUUAUUAUGAUCAUUAUCAUUUGUCAAUGAAUAACAUCACCUGAAUCCUUUUAAAUGACCGAAAUUCUCAGACCAUCGUCGUCAUGAAUUGCAGUGUGUGUAAGGGAGUCAAGGUUGAGUCUGUGGUAGGCAAUGAAGAGAAAAAUAGAUGGCACAGUACUUGCCAGCGAACACCCGUGUUAGGUGUCAAGGUUUUGUACAAACUCUAUGACUUGACUAAAACCGAAUUCGAAUCCGGAUUCCUCUGCGGCUUGUGUUUUGAUCUCGUCAUUCAAAUUGAACAGUUGGAAGCUCAACUCAAAUCUCAAGUUGGUCAGGGAUGUGAGAAGUAUCGCAAGAGCGCUCUGCAGCCUUUGACUGAUGACAACCUAUGGAUGGAAGAUGGUCCAUCAUCUCCAGCCAAUCACUUGAACGACGACGAAAGUCCAUCAUCUCCAGCUGAUCACUUGGGCGACGAUGGUCCAUCAUCUCCAGCCAAUCAUAUAGACCAUGACGAUGAUGAUAAUAAGAAUUUCCUGGUAGAGGAAGAUGAUAUUAAUGAUGAUAGUCAGCUCCUUGUAAAUGGCCACGAAUAUCACCGUACCAAUGAUGAACCAACCCAUAGUCCAGUGGGAGGAGAUGAUCAACCUGGCUCUCCUCAGUCCUGGAAAGAAUGUCCUGCUCCAAAGCACGAUUUUACCCCACUCAAAAAUACCACGUCAGAAACCAAUGACGAAGACAAUGACAUGACUCAAAGUGACACAGAGCCUAUCAAUUUGAAUAUAAAGCCAAGAAUUCGAGGCAAAAAGCGAAUUCCUAUACCUCAUAACUUGGGCAAGUACAACAUUCAAAAGGAUAAUCUGGACUUCAACGUCACUGUGGGACUCACUAGAAUGAAUACAGAUGCCUUGAUAUAUAAGGGAAACAAAUAUUUCAUGGUGGAUAUCUACAAGGAUAAGUUGGGUAAAAUCCCGGAACUCAUGGCUCAGUGGAAGUGUCGGCAUAUCAACUGCCGAGGUCGUCUAGUGACCUAUUUGAAUCAUCAAUGUGUUCUUUUGGACACCGUGGUUGAACACUCUCAUCCGCCAAUGACCAAGCAUCGAAUGCUCAUUGAGGAGUUUCAGGAUCAAGUCAAGCGAUUGGUCAUGGAACACCAAGAUAUGACACCCCCUGGUAUUUUCGCUGCCGCUUAUGCUAUGUGUCCUAAUACACCCUUUGUAAACAAGAAGCCAUUGAUGGGUUAUAUUAGGCGGCAGCUGAAGCAGAAGAAAAAUAGGCCCUAAUUUGAUAGACAAAUAUAAAAUGUUACAGCCAGAAUAACAAAGCCUUAAGGU